AGGUACCGAGUGAUAGACUUGAAGAGCCGCAUUUUAUAUCCCAUCACAUCAAGAUGUUGAUCAAGGAGUCCUACACAGAUGUGCCGACCAAGGCAGAUGGCAAGGAGGGUUCAAUGAGAAUCUUCCUCUUCCACCCCACCAUCCCAAACUAUAGUCAGGCACGAUUCCCGGGCGUCGUGCUGUUCAGCGAGAUUUAUCAAGUAACCGGUCCCGUCGCCCGCUUCGCGCGCCAAAUCGCCGGGCACGGCUACAUCGUCGCCGCCCCCUCCAGCUAUCAUGAAUUCACGUCUCCCUCCCCUCUAAACUACGAUGCUGUCGGAACUGAUCUUGGGAAUGAUUGGAAAUACGCCAAAACCCUCGCAGCAUACGACGAAGACGCCUCCCUAACAAUUUCCCACCUUCUCUCUUUACCCACCUGCACCGGUCGCAUCGGAAGCACCGGUAUGUGUCUGGGCGGGCACCUCGCAUACCGCAGCGCCCUCGACCCUCGCGUCUCGGCCACCGUCUGCUAUUUCGCCACAGACCUACACAACCAUUCUCUGGGCGCCGGGAAACACGAUGAUAGUUUAGCCCGAGCAAAGGAGAUCCGGGGGGAGUUGGCGAUGAUUCAUGGUGUGAGGGAUACGCAUGUACCGCCCGAGGGGAGGGAUGUGAUUAGGAAGAGUUUGAGGGAUGCGGGAGUGGUGUUUAGUUGGUUCGAGGUUGCUUGGGCACAGCACGCAUUCAUCCGCGACGAAUCCUCAAAGGGAAGGUACGACCCGGCGAUCUCAAAGAUCUGUUUCGAGAUCUUGUUGGAGCUGUUCAAUCGUGUUUUGAAGACGGACUUGGGACCCAGGGAUGUGGGGGAGGCGGAGGUUGAGGGGGGGUGUUAGGUAGGUAGAUGGAUGAAUUGAUUGAUUGAUGGAUUGAUGAUUUGAGAGAGGUAUGGUCCUGUAUGCGAUUAGCACCAUAAUCGAGAGCCAUCUCUCUCCCCCUUCCUCCAUUUCGCACAUUCGACUCAACUCACCAAUCCCCCCAAUCCAGCAUCAGCGUCCGUAUCAGCAUCAGAAUCAGCAUCAUAAUACACACGUGAUCUCACAGCAUGAUGCCAUAUCAUUAAUUCUCUAUCCUCUCCACUACACUACCUACCCACUAUUCUCCCAGC